AUGGCAGGCUCAUCGCGCGGCCCAUCACCCAUCAAGCGGCUCAUGACGGAGCUGCAAACAUACCAGCGCGACCCAAACGAAGAGCUGCUCGAACUCGGCCCCGUAGACGAGGAUGUAAUGCACUGGCGCGCCGUGAUGAAAGGCGUCCAAGGGACAGCAUAUGAAGGCGGCACCUGGCUCCUCGACAUCCACAUCCCGUCCACGUACCCCAACGCGCCGCCCUCCAUCCGCUUCAUAACCCCCAUCUGCCACCCCAACAUCGACUUCAGGACCGGCGACAUCUGUCUGGAUCUGCUGAAGACGAGCUGGUCCCCUGCCUACACCAUUGCGACCACCCUGACCAGCGUCCACCAGCUGCUGACGAGCGCGGAGCCGGACAGCCCGCUAAAUGUCGAUGUUGCCCAGCUGUUUCGGCAGCGCGAUUAUGUGGCUGCCGAGGCGCUGAUUAGGUUUUACACCGAGACCGAGCGGUAUACUGGGCGGGGGAGGUGA